UAAGAGAUUAUUAAUCAUGUACAUAUAGUGCAAAGAACACAUAAAAAAAUUGUACGCCUUAGAUUAUUUGCUUCCACUUAUAUGUGCUUAUCAGCAGCGAAGCUGAGAGAGAGCAAAUCGAAACUCUGUCAUGGCGAAGCACUCCUUUUCUCUCUCUCCUCUCUCUUCCUUCAUCCUCCCUAGAGGCGACACUCUCUUUUACCUUAUUGCCCUUUUCUCCAUCCUAUCCCUUCUCAUCCACCAUCUCUCCCCUGUCUCCGCCGAGAGCCGCCACUUCGAGGGUUUCGACGCCGAUGAAAUCGACGACUUUGGGGACUCCGACGAACCAAUAUCCGCCGCUAAACACAUCCCUCCUCCUCCCCCUACCACUACCCUCUCAGUGUCCGACCCUAUUGAAUCUCACCAUGGUCCUCCUCCUCCUUCAGCUGAUCCCACCUCUCAAGUUACAUCUCAGCCGUCCGAUCCGAAACCCGCCUCCACAUCCUUUGAGGUCUGGGAUGAGGAUGAGUUCGAAGGUAUCCCUCAAUCUCCACCCUCUGAUUCACCUUUAAUUACGGAAUCUGACACUGCUGCUUCUGCUGAAUCUGAUCCCAGUUUGAAACUUGAACCAGAGUCUGAGCCUGAAAGUCCGAAAUCCAUAUCCUCUUAUACUGUUGAGAUAGUUUGUGUUUCCUUUUUGAUUAUGUUUGUUAUAAACUAUUUUACUGGGAAAAAAGAGAAUGAGAAAUUAGCCUUAGCUUGGGCUAGUAAAUUUGCAACGAAGGACUCCAUAUUUGAUAAGAAUUUCAGUUUGUUGGGUGUUGGGGAAACUGAUGAUUCACCGUUGUUGUUAAAAGAAGGACAAAAUGUGUUCAAGUUUUAUGCAAGUGGGAGGAGAUUUUGCCAGGGUUUGCUGGCUACCAUGGAGCUUAAAAGUAGGCACGAUUUGAUUUCCAGGUUGUACAAUAUGGUUGUGCCUUGCAAAGAUGAGAUAACCUUUGAGGUGUAUAUGAAUGAUGAUGCAAUGGAUCAUGUGGUUGUUGCUGUGGCUAAGAAGAAAUUGGCCAAGACAAUGCAAAAGGAGACUACAGAUCUGCAGAGAUUUGCAUCAUUGGUGAGUCCACCUAGUGGUAAGAAGUGGAUUGCUGAGGAGUUAGCUGUUGUAGCUGAGUCAAAGGAGGUGGCAGGGGAUAUGCUCAAUGAAACUGUGCUUGAUCAGGUUUUUGGUGACAAAGCAUAUGAGAAAUUUGGUAAAGGUUUCAUCUCGAUGCAUUUCUCUGAUCAACAUUUGGGGUCACACAAGAAGAUGCUGGUGUUCAAGUUUGCUCUCCCUGAUGCCAAAAACAUGGCUGACAUGACCCGGCUUGUGGCUCUUGUUCCUUAUUACAUCGACUUAAUUGGACGAUACAAGCUGAGCUCGCAUGCCCGCACUAAAACUGACGGAGCAAGAAUGAAGGUUGCCCAAGAAAUUUACAAAGAACUUCAGAAUGCCAGGCAAGAAGCACUGCAGAGGAAGAAGGCUGAACAGAGAAAGAAGGGAGAGGAAGCUGAGGCUAAGCUUAGUGCAGAGGCACUUCGCAAAAAAGAGGCUAAAGAGCGUGCUCGGCAGAUGAAGAAGGCAAUGCCAAAAAUGAAGAUGACCCGUACUGGGUAGAUUUGAGUUUAUAUGCCCAUCUCAAUCUUCUCUAGAUCUUGUCAAUGGUCGUUGUGUGUCCCAGCUGUCACUGAGUUUGCUACUUGUAUUAGAUAGACAGGGGAUGUCUCUCAGUUGGUUCUGUAUCUUAGUUAAGUAGUCUAGAGGUCUUCCUUAUUUUGACCACAGGUUGUGGAUUUUGCAUUAGUGUGGUGCCUAUUGUGAAGUAAUGGGUGCACUCAGUUAAAAUAAUAUUUUGUUAGAACUGAGAACAGUUUCUAAUUACACUAGAGUAGAAAAUCUUAGGCUUGAAUAUUGAUGGUCUAUGUGACUAGAAUUGCUUGCUACAAAGUUAAUGUAGUUUAUCUUGCUA